AUUCUCGUAAUAAAAGCAGUAAAAAUCUCUGGCACUGCACGAGUUAAAAAGAAGAAAUAAAACCCAGACAGGCAGCAACAAAGGGAACAGUUUGCAAACACAUCUCGAAUUGUCAAAACGUUUUCCAUUGUGGCGGACGACCGGAUCGUCCUUCUCUCGUGGCAGGAAACGCCACACGCAGAGCCGCUGAAAACUGCUGAUCUGGGAGGAGGACAAAAGCCGCGCCGUGCCGGCGGAGCUCCGCAGCCGCGCCCCGCUGCCAAAUCGCUCCGCGCCGAUCCCGGCGCCGCACCCGCAGCCCCGCGCCCCGCUGGGCUCGGCCUCCCCACCCCCCGCAGCUCUCCUGCCACAGGCGGGGACCCAACCCAGCGCAUCCCAGCGCAUCCCAGCGCAUCCCAGCGCAUCCUCUCGCGGCACCAUUCGCCUCCUCGCAGCUGCAGCCUCUCCGCCGCCCCGUCUCGCUGCCGCUUCCUCCCCUCCCGCGAGGAUGCACCAGCAGAGCACCGCGCCGCGGGCCCACCAGCAGUGACCCACGGGAUGACAGCCCCGCACACGCCGGGCUCGUAGGAGAAACGUCAGGGGGAGGAGCGGGAGAGCUGAUUCUGGGCGGGAGGCAGCAUGGGAGCAAACACCUCCAGCAAGUCACUGCCCUUUGGUGAGAAUGAAGAAGUCACCUUCGACCAUUUUGAGAUACUGCGAGCGAUUGGGAAGGGCAGCUUUGGAAAAGUCUGUGUUGUACAAAAGAAUGACACCAAGAAAAUGUAUGCCAUGAAAUACAUGAACAAGCAGAAGUGUGUGGAGCGUAAUGAAGUGAGGAAUGUCUUUAAGGAGUUGCAGAUCAUGCAAGGCCUGGAACACCCCUUCCUGGUUAAUCUCUGGUACUCAUUCCAAGACGAAGAGGACAUGUUCAUGGUGGUAGACUUGCUGCUCGGAGGGGACCUGCGGUACCACCUCCAACAGAACGUGCGAUUCCAGGAAGGCACUGUGAAACUGUUCAUCUGUGAGCUGGUGUUGGCCCUCGACUACCUUCAGAGCAGACACAUCAUCCACAGGGACAUCAAGCCUGACAACAUCUUGCUGGACGAGCACGGACACGUGCACAUCACCGACUUCAACAUUGCCACAAUGCUGACUAAAGAAACUCAGGUCACCACAAUCGCUGGCACAAAGCCGUACAUGGCACCUGAGAUGUUUAACUCUACAAAACCCAUCGGCUAUUCCUUUGCUGUGGACUGGUGGUCACUUGGAAUCACUGCUUAUGAGCUGCUCAGGGCCCGGAGGCCGUAUCAUAUUCGCUCCAACACUUCCACAAAUGAAAUUGCUCACGUAUUUAAGACUGCUACAGUGAUGUACCCUGCUGCUUGGUCUGAGGAAAUGGUGAUGCUGAUCAAAAAGUUGCUCGAGACAAAUCCUGACAAGCGUUUUUCUCAGCUGAAAGAUAUCCAGGACUUUCCCUAUCUGUCAGAUGUAAACUGGAAUGCUGUUCUCCAGAAGAGGAUAAUGCCAGAAUUCAUUCCUACGAAAGGAAGACUGAACUGUGACCCAACCUUUGAACUUGAAGAGAUGAUCCUGGAGUCCAAACCUCUUCACAAGAAGAAGAAGCGCCUGGCUAAGAAGGAGAAAGACAUCAACAAAAGCAAUUCCUCACAGGCCUGCCAUCUUCAAAAGCAUCUAGAGACACUCCAGAGGGACUUCAUUGUUUUCAACAGAGAAAAGGUGAGACACCAGCACAACGAGAUCCAGCAGCAAACAGUGCUGGCCAAGUGCAGAGGCAUGCACAAGGACAGCCAGAACAACAACCUCUGAGAACCACAGCCCUGGCAGCAGGAAGCUCUGGGACUGCCCCUGUAGCUUGCCACCAUUCACUAGAAGCAGCCCAUGAUUUUGCCUUCCAUGACAGCAGCAAUGUGACUGUGUGAGAAGGGUGAGCUGCUCAGCACUCUUCCACUGGGGUUGGCCGGUUGGUAUCACAGCCUAGUGAGUACCAGGCACCCACCCGCAGAACGUCACCACCAGCCCUUGUCAUGGUGGGAUCUGCAGCUGUGCGCCCUGGCUCUUUAGGCCAGGAUUCCUGCAUGGUCCCUACAUGGAGCUGAUUUUUCCAGGUGGAAAACACUGCUCUGACUUGUGGCGCCUUCAGUGGCACCCAGCAGUAGCCUCAACUUGCAGAGAUCUGCAAACAUCCUCAGAAGGGCUGGUGCUGGCAGCAAGCUUCUUCCCCAGCUGGGCAGGGGCAGUGAGGUUCCAUUCAUGCUCCCACUCCUCACUGCUUGCAGAGCCACCUGGUGCAGAGCCAGGCAGGCACACAGCUGGACAGGGAAGUGAUACAGUGACAGCCCAUGAGCAGCAUCCCAGAGCUUUUCCAGGCCAUCCUGAAAAGCCAUUCACAAACAUGUUAAACUGCUGCAAAUUUCUGAGUCUGAUGGGUCGUGGCUUCCAACAUCAGAGGUAAAUUUGAAUGCGUACUUUUCAUCUCUCUGCUGUUAUCUUCACACUUGAUUUAAGCAGCAACAGCUGUGCUCCUGGUGCAGGCUUUGCCAAGAGUGAGAUUGACCAAAGCAUCUCUAAUAUGGUAAAUGCUAGGUAUUAUGCUAUUAUUCAAAUGUUUUUGCAGACCAAACCUUUCACCUCUUUAUUUGACAUUUUUCCUAAUCUCAGCAAUAUAAUAAACAUGUGGUGAACUGUCUGUCUCCCAUUUGCCCAAGGGUUCUUGUAUCCCCUGUGCCUUCCUGUCUCUCUCCUCUGGCUGAAUCUGAUUAAUUAAAAAAAAUCCAAAUAAAACAGACAGCAAAUGAAAGACUCCUUCCCAGGUAACCAAAAGCCACUGUUUCUUCUGAGGUCACUUGCAGUGCAAGGCAGAAUAGGU